AUGGGAAGCGACUCUAUCCAGAACGAGAACCUCGAGACCAUUUCGGUGGAGCAAAAACAGCCGCCUCAAAAGCACAAAAUUGGCGAGGAGGUUCUUGAUUCACACAUCCACGACGAUCAUGGCGACCCUCACAGGGCGGCCCUCGAUGAUGCAGAUGCAGACGGCAGAGUCAAACUCACAACGUGGGCAGCUGUGUUCUUUCUUGGUUUGACCUUCAUCUCGUCCCUCGGCUUCACCUUGAACUCCUUCUUGUCCGUGGCCACGCUGGUCGCCCUGGAUCUCCAAGGCUCUUUGAAGAACGUCAAUUGGAUUGCUGGCGGAUUCUCGUUGAGCGGAAGCGUAGCCUUUGCCAUCGCUGGUCAACUUAGUGACUACCUGGGUCGAAAGGAUGUGGUGGUGCUGGGCCAAACAUUUCUGCUCUUGGGCCACCUCGUCGGAGCGACCGCGCAGACUUUCAACCAGGUUAUCGCCGGAAUGGUGCUCCUUGGAGUCGGAACUGGCAUGACUUUUGUCAUCUUUGCAGGGGUUUCCGAAAUUCUACCAAACAAAUGGCGAUCGGCUGGGAUCGCCAUGAUUGAGGCAAAGAUUGCCAUCUUGGCUAUAUUUGGCCCGCUGAUGGCCCGAGUCCUUACAGACCGCGCCACGUGGCGAUGGCUGUUUAUCCUAGGUGACAUUGUAGCUGUUGUCGCGAUUGUUGGGACUCUCAUUUUCUAUCAGCCACCUCGACGCAUUUUCCAAGACCGCACAAAACGGCAGGUCCUCUAUGAGCUGGACUACGUUGGCAUAUUUCUCUACACGACAGGAGUUACCCUCUUCCUCCUCGGCCUCGGCUGGGCCGGGGCUCAACAUCCUUGGAGGAGUGCUGCUGUCAUCGCUCCUCUCGUCAUCGGCGCAGUGCUGUUUGUCUGUACCUUCGCGUGGGACUUCACCAGAGGAGACAACACACGGCCGCUUUUCCCCUACAGACUCUUCCAAAAGUUCAGAGAGUUCAACUCUCUCAUCAUUAUCAUGUUCACAUCAGGAUUAGCACAUAUAGCCUGUACCACCUUUAUCCCUCAACAGAUCCUCUUCGUCUUCACAUCGGAUCCAAUACUUGCCGGUUGGUACAAUGUCCCCGCGGCAGUUGGUGGUCUCAUUGGUGGUACUGUUCUGGGCGGUCUGGUUCCACGGAUCAAGCACAUUCCUCUGCAAUUCCUGGCUGCCAAUGCAAUCCAGGCUCUUGGAUGCGGGCUAUUAGCCAUUGCGACCCCAGACCGGAUCGCUCCUGGCUUGUUUCUUCACGCCCUCGCGAAUCUUCCUUUCACGUGGAUCAUUGUGCUCGGGUAUGUCACCGUGGGUCUGCAUGUGCCGCAGCGAGACAUUGGUCUCGCGUUUGGCCUACAAGGCGCGAUGCGUUAUCUCGGUGGCGCUGUAGGAAGCACCAUCUUCAACACGAUCCUCAACGACCGACUUCCCAUAAGUCUUCAAAAGAGGGUUGCAGAGGCCGUUAUUCCGCUAGGGUAUCCAGCCAGUGACUUGGGAAAGCUUAUUACGGCUUUUCAGUCCAGGGUUCCUUCAAGGCUGGCGCAAUUCCCACCAGACGUCGUCGCGGCCGGUAGAGAAGCUAUUCGUUGGGCAUACAGUGACGCUUUCGCAUACGUGUGGUAUGCGUCAAUUCCGUUCUUCAUUAUCGCAUGUGUUGUGUCCCUAUGGGUUCUGGAUCCUUCGCCGUACUUCACCAAUCACACGGCUGUCGCAGUUGCGGACGAGAAGAUUCCAACUCGAUUGACGCGCGAUCAUGGCCGAGAUGAAUAG